AUGUCUUCUCGCGUUGGUUUCCGCUUUGUAAACAACGCUCGUUUCGCGUUCCGCAAUGCAUCUGCGCCAUUCCGUCGGCCAGGUGCUCAGGGCUUCCGCUGGCAGAGCUCCGAAGCCGGUGCUGCUGAGCAUCAGAACGCCUUCCAGCGUCUAUGGAACAGCCCUGUUGGUAUGAAGACUGUCCACUUCUGGGCCCCGGUUAUGAAGUGGUGCCUGGUCAUCGCGGGUAUCUCCGACUUCGCUCGUCCCGCCGAGAAGCUCUCUCUCACCCAGAACGCUGCUCUGAUGGGCACUGGUGCCAUCUGGACUCGCUGGUGUAUGAUCAUCAAGCCCCGUAACGUCCUGCUCGCCGCUGUGAACUUCUUCCUUGGAUGCGUGGGUGCCGUCCAAGUGACUCGUAUUUUCUUGUGGCAGCGCAGCCAGUCUCACUCAUCCCUCGAGGCCGCCAAGGUGAUUGAGCAUGAAGCUGUUGACUCCGUCAAGGCUACCGCCGAGGCGGCUGAGGGUGCCAUCGAGUCGGCUGAGGGUGCCGUGAAGAAGGCUAUUAAGAAGUCGACUUAG